CCGCCGAGCAGGAAAAAGUGCGGGCGCGCGGCUGUCCACUCCGGGCGCUCACCCCGCCAGGCCCGGCCGGCCCCUCAGCGGUGGGUUUCGCUGCGAGCCUCCGGGCAGCUCUUUGCAGAGCGGCUUGAAACUUCUCCCAAAGUCGACAUGGAUACCGCGGCGGCGGCGCUGCCCGCUUUUGUGGCGCUCUUGCUUCUUUCUCCGUGGCCGCUCCUGGGGUCGGCCCAAGGCCAGUUCUCCGCAGGUGGCUGUACUUUUGAUGAUGGUCCUGGAGCUUGUGAUUACCACCAGGAUUUAUAUGAUGACUUUGAAUGGGUACAUGUUAGUGCUCAAGAACCUCAUUAUCUGCCACCAGAGAUGCCUCAAGGUUCCUAUAUGAUAGUGGACUCUUCAGAUCAUGACCCUGGAGAAAAAGCCAGACUUCAGCUGCCUACAAUGAAGGAGAACGACACUCAUUGUAUUGACUUCAGUUACCUGUUAUACAGCCAGAAAGGGCUGAAUCCUGGUACUUUGAACAUAUUGGUUAGGGUGAAUAAAGGACCUCUUGCCAAUCCAAUUUGGAAUGUGACUGGAUUCACGGGUAGAGACUGGCUUCGGGCUGAGCUAGCAGUGAGCACCUUUUGGCCCAAUGAAUAUCAGGUAAUAUUUGAAGCUGAAGUCUCAGGAGGGAGAAGUGGUUAUAUUGCCAUUGAUGACAUCCAAGUCCUGAGUUAUCCUUGUGAUAAAUCUCCUCAUUUCCUCCGUCUGGGGGAUGUAGAGGUCAAUGCAGGGCAGAAUGCUACUUUUCAGUGUAUUGCUACAGGGAGAGAUGCUGUGCAUAACAAGUUAUGGCUGCAGAGACGAAAUGGUGAAGAUAUACCUGUGGCUCAGACUAAGAACAUCAAUCACAGAAGAUUUGCUGCUUCCUUUAGGUUGCAAGAAGUGACAAAAACUGAUCAGGAUUUGUAUCGCUGUGUAACUCAGUCAGAACGAGGUUCUGGUGUGUCCAAUUUUGCUCAACUUAUUGUAAGAGAACCACCGAGACCCAUUGCUCCUCCUCAGCUACUAGGCGUUGGGCCUACAUACUUGCUGAUUCAGCUAAAUGCCAAUUCCAUCAUUGGCGAUGGUCCUAUUAUUCUGAAAGAAGUGGAGUACCGAAUGACAUCAGGGUCCUGGACAGAAACCCAUGCAGUCAAUGCGCCAACUUAUAAAUUAUGGCAUUUGGAUCCAGAUACUGAAUAUGAGAUCCGUGUUCUACUUACAAGACCAGGUGAAGGUGGAACGGGGCUUCCAGGACCUCCAUUAAUCACCAGAACCAAAUGUGCAGAACCUAUGCGAACCCCAAAGACUUUAAAGAUUGCUGAAAUACAGGCAAGACGCAUUGCUGUGGACUGGGAAUCCUUGGGUUACAACAUCACUCGGUGCCACACUUUUAAUGUCACUAUCUGCUACCAUUACUUCCGUGGUCACAAUGAGAGCAAGGCAGACUGUUUGGACAUGGACCCCAAAGCCCCUCAGCAUGUUGUGAACCAUCUGCCACCUUAUACAAAUGUCAGCCUCAAGAUGAUCUUAACCAAUCCAGAAGGCAGGAAGGAGAGUGAAGAAACGAUUAUUCAAACUGAUGAAGAUGUGCCUGGCCCUGUACCAGUCAAUUCUCUUCAAGGAACCUCUUUUGAAAAUAAGAUUUUCUUGAACUGGAAAGAACCUUUGGAUGCAAAUGGAAUCAUCACUCAAUACGAGGUCAGUUACAGCAGCAUAAGAUCAUUUGAUCCUGCAGUUCCUGUGGCUGGACCUCCCCAGACUGUAUCCAAUUUAUGGAACAGUACACACCAUGUCUUCAUGCAUCUCCAUCCUGGAACCACCUACCAGUUUUUCAUAAGAGCCAGCACUGUCAAAGGUUUUGGGCCAGCCACAGCCAUCAAUGUGACCACCAAUAUCUCAGCUCCAACUUUACCUGACUACGAAGGAGUUGAUGCCUCUCUCAAUGAAACUGCCACCACGAUAACAGUCUUGUUGAGGCCAGCACAGGCGAAAGGUGCACCUAUCAGUGCCUAUCAGAUUGUUGUGGAGGAAUUGCAUCCCCACCGAACCAAGAGAGAAACCGGAGCCAUGGAAUGCUACCAGGUCCCUGUCACAUACCAAAAUGCCAUGAGUGGGGGGGCACCAUACUACUUUGCUGCCGAACUGCCCCCAGGGAAUCUUCCGGAACCUGCCCCAUUCACCGUGGGCGAUAACAGAACCUAUCAGGGCUUUUGGAACCCCCCUUUGGCUCCACGCAAAGGAUACAACAUCUAUUUCCAAGCCAUGAGUAGUGUGGAGAAGGAAACUAAAACCCAGUGUGUACGAAUUGCUACCAAAGCAGCAGCAACAGAAGAACCAGAAGUGAUUCCAGACCCAGCCAAGCAGACUGACAGAGUGGUGAAAAUCGCAGGAAUUAGUGCUGGGAUUUUGGUGUUCAUCCUCCUCCUCCUAGUAGUCAUAUUAAUUGUAAAAAAGAGCAAGCUUGCUAAAAAACGCAAAGAUGCGAUGGGGAACACCCGGCAGGAAAUGACACACAUGGUAAAUGCUAUGGAUCGAAGUUAUGCUGAUCAGAGCACUCUGCAUGCAGAAGACCCUCUUUCCAUCACCUUCAUGGACCAACAUAAUUUUAGUCCAAGAUUGCCCAGUGAUCCACUUGUGCCGACCGCUGUGUUAGUCCCUAUUACUGAUGAGAACCACAGUGCUACAGCAGAAUCCAGUCGUCUUCUUGAUGUACCUCGCUACCUGUGUGAGGGGACAGAAUCCCCUUACCAGACGGGACAGCUGCACCCAGCCAUCAGGGUAGCCGACUUACUGCAGCACAUUAAUCUCAUGAAGACAUCAGACAGCUAUGGGUUCAAAGAGGAAUAUGAGAGCUUCUUUGAAGGACAGUCAGCAUCUUGGGAUGUAGCUAAAAAAGAUCAAAAUAGAGCAAAAAACAGAUAUGGAAACAUUAUAGCAUAUGAUCACUCCAGAGUAAUUUUGCAACCUGUUGAGGAUGAUCCUUCUUCAGAUUACAUUAAUGCCAACUAUAUAGAUAUUUGGCUGUACAGGGAUGGCUACCAGAGACCAAGCCACUACAUUGCAACUCAAGGCCCAGUUCAUGAAACAGUGUAUGAUUUCUGGAGAAUGAUCUGGCAAGAGCAGUCUGCAUGCAUUGUGAUGGUCACAAACUUAGUGGAAGUUGGCCGGGUUAAAUGCUAUAAGUAUUGGCCUGAUGAUACCGAAGUUUAUGGUGACUUCAAAGUAACUUGUGUAGAAAUGGAACCACUUGCCGAAUAUGUAGUUAGGACAUUCACCCUGGAAAGGAGGGGAUACAAUGAAAUCCGUGAAGUUAAACAGUUCCAUUUCACUGGCUGGCCUGACCAUGGGGUGCCCUACCAUGCUACAGGCCUCCUUUCCUUCAUCCGGCGGGUCAAAUUCUCCAACCCUCCCAGUGCUGGUCCCAUCGUUGUGCAUUGCAGUGCUGGUGCUGGACGAACUGGCUGUUACAUUGUGAUUGACAUCAUGCUGGACAUGGCUGAGAGAGAGGGUGUUGUUGACAUCUACAACUGUGUCAAAGCCUUACGAUCUCGUCGUAUCAAUAUGGUCCAGACAGAGGAACAGUACAUUUUUAUUCAUGAUGCCAUUUUAGAGGCUUGCUUAUGUGGAGAAACUGCCAUACCUGUCUGUGAAUUUAAAGCUGCAUAUUUUGAUAUGAUUAGAAUAGACUCCCAGACAAACUCUUCACAUCUCAAAGAUGAAUUCCAGACCUUGAAUUCAGUCACCCCUCGACUACAAGCUGAGGACUGCAGUAUAGCAUGCCUGCCAAGGAACCAUGACAAGAACCGUUUUAUGGACAUGCUGCCACCUGACAGAUGUCUGCCUUUUUUAAUUACAAUUGAUGGGGAGAGUAGUAACUACAUCAAUGCUGCUCUUAUGGAUAGCUACAGACAACCAGCUGCUUUCAUUGUCACACAAUACCCUCUGCCAAACACUGUGAAAGAUUUCUGGAGAUUAGUGUAUGAUUAUGGCUGUACCUCCAUUGUGAUGUUAAAUGAAGUCGACUUGUCCCAGGGCUGCCCUCAGUACUGGCCUGAAGAAGGGACGCUACGAUAUGGUCCUAUCCAAGUGGAAUGUAUGUCUUGUUCAAUGGAUUGUGAUGUAAUCAACCGGAUUUUUAGGAUAUGCAAUCUAACAAGACCACAAGAAGGUUAUCUGAUGGUGCAGCAGUUUCAAUAUCUAGGCUGGGCUUCCCAUCGAGAAGUGCCUGGCUCCAAACGGUCAUUUUUGAAGCUGAUACUGCAGGUGGAAAAAUGGCAGGAGGAAUGUGAGGAAGGGGAGGGCCGGACGAUCAUCCACUGCCUAAAUGGUGGCGGGCGAAGUGGCAUGUUCUGUGCUAUCGGCAUUGUUGUUGAAAUGGUGAAACGGCAAAAUGUUGUUGAUGUGUUCCAUGCAGUCAAGACACUAAGGAACAGCAAGCCAAACAUGGUGGAAGCCCCGGAGCAGUACCGUUUCUGCUAUGAUGUGGCUUUGGAGUACCUGGAGUCAUCUUAGUUGGGGGAGACUUCAGAGUGCAUCCCAACAGAACCCAUUCAUCUGUUGAGCCAGCAGCUGUUGUACCUGUCACACCUGUGCAGAAAGAUUUUAAUGUGGGUGGGGGGGAGACUUUUACAUUUGAGAGUUUCUGCCAUCUUCAGCUCUGCUACAAGAAACACAAUAGCAUGAAACUGAUGAUAAAUUGUUGCUUGACAUAGGGACCAGAGGGAACGAUGUGAGGAGGCCGACUCCCACUUGGACUUGAAAGUGGACUUGGACAAAU